UAUAUAUCCGCCUCUCCUUGCCCGCCUCGAGCACUUUGGGGGCUCCCCCCUGCUGCCCCCCUCUCCCGCCGGGGAUGGAGCGAGGAGUGAAGAGGACGGGGCCGGCUCUCCCCGCCGCCCGCUCCAGUGCCCACCUGCGGCACCCUGUGCUCCUGCACCUCCUGCACCUCCUGCAGCUGGCGGGGGGGGCACCCCUGGGCCCGGCGCUGUACCCCAUGCCGCCCGGCGUCCUGCAAGCGCUGUCAAGCCGGGGGACGCUGGUGCUGGAGGCAGCGCUGAGGAGUGCCCUGUUGGCUCUGGAGGGGGCCCUGGCCGAGCACCAGCGGCAGCGGGGUGCCUGUGGGCUCUGUGCCCCCUGCCUCUUCCCGCCCUGUGCCAACAUCACUCACCGCUGCCCACCGCCGGCUGUGCCUCCCACCAUGCCCCCCAGCUGCCAGGCCCUGCUCGAUGCCCAGGCGCUGCCCGAGCUGCCCCAGCGCAACUGGGCGCUGAGCCCAGAUGUGGCAGGGGGCCAGCCCAGCCCCAUGGCAGAGGGCACCCCAGGACCCCAGAGCCUCCCCACCAGGCGGGGGCCUGGGCGGCCGCCCACCUUCGCUGGGCUCUUCAGCACUGUGGGACCCCGUCUGCAGGACUGGGUGGAGGUGCUGAGGGCCAUGGCGGGGGGGAGCCACCCCAACUUGGCCAGGGAGCAGCUCCCCGGGGAGACGUGGCUCUUCCUGCAGGUAUUUGGAGAGGGAUUGGCUGGGGGGACUCCCUGCCCUUCUGGUGACCAUGCCACCGGGGACCAAACCCCUGCAGUACUCCCAUGUCCUCCUAACGUCCUUUGGCCCCAAUAUACCUUGGCCAGCCUUGGGGGUGGCACCCCUAUCUCUGCCACCACAGGGGGAGCAUCUUGUCCUCCCCAACUGAAACCAGGGCUCCCUGUCCAGCUACUGCAGAGCCAGCUUUGGGUCCAACCCCACAGUCAUGGGUCUGACCCCACAGAUGUGUGUCUGACCCCACAGCUUUGGAUCAGACCCAAAGUGGACACGAGGCACCUACAUGUCCCCAGAAAUCCAUCAGACGCCAGUCCUGCCAUGCCUUGUGCUCUGCUGCCAUGUGCCUCAGGCAGUGCCCACAGGCACCCCGCAGGUGCUCCACGGCCCGCUCUGUCCCUCUGUCUCCUUCAGCAGGGCGAGGAGGCGGUGGAGGAGCUGGUGGGCCAGGGCAGAGCCUUCCUCACCCAGCUGCAGGCAGAGUUGGGCCUCAGCACCCCCCUUGAAGCCACGGAGCCGCGACAAGCACCUGGAGACCCAGCAGGGACCCCAGUGCUGAACCUUGAGCCCCAGGAGGCAGGGUCCACAGCGGGUGGUCACCUGAGGGAGAAACGCGACCUGGUACCCACAUUGCCCGGGGUGGAGGAGGAGGAGGCAGGCGAGGGCCAAGGUAAGCGCCCUGGCCACUGUGGGAACGGGUGCCAGUGUACCCAGAGGGACCCGCACCAGUCGGCGGUGCGGGUCAGCGCGGUGCGAGAGCUGUAUGCCUGGGUGCUGCAGGUGCCCGAGCCAGACCUGGCCAUGACCUUCCAGGAGAUCCUGGUGGACUUGGGCUCCAAAAAUGCCAAGGGGCUGUACCGGGCGCAGGUGCGGGCCACGGUGGGGGGCCGCCCCACGGCUUUCAAUGGCCUUGUGGGCCUGGAGAGCGACUCACUGGCCCGCAGCAUGCCUGGCCUGGUGGCCUUGGCGCUUGAGGCCUUGAAAACCUAACAGUGCUCACUGUGCCCUGGGGCACCCUGCCAGCAUGGGGAUAUGGGCUGGGACAGGAGGUCUCUCAUGUUCUUCAGACCCCAGUGCCCCCAGGCUUAGGCAAUUCCACACUCUUGUCCCGCGCUGUGCCUCAGUUUGCCUCUUACUGCCAGCACUGCCCAACCUCCCCAGGGCGACGGAGCAUCUUGGCCAGGGAUUGCAUCCCUUGCUGUCCCUGGGACCCCUGCCUUGGGCAGACCCCUCCCCCACUCCAGUUUCCCCAGCAACACCCAGGCUGUUAUUUAUUUGUACAGAAAAAGAUUUAUUUUUCAAUAAAGAAGGGCUCUAUUU